AUGGUUUCUAGAACCUCCUUGUUCAAGUCAUUGGCACAUUCAGCCCUGAGGAAUUUCAAGUCAAGCUCUCCCAGUUUGUACAAUUUACCCACAUCAGCAGGCGCUAAUUACUCCAAAUUUCAAAAACUAAACAAUGAUCAGCAAAUUGAAGUAUUGUCUGCCAUUAGGUCGUUGAAAAGUUACCAAUUCCAUGCUGAGGAGGUUAAUGAGAGAAGAAAAUCGUUAUUUACCCACUUAACUUCAAAACAGCAAUCGAUUGCCAAGGAUGUUGGCUACUUGGAAAAGUUGAAACUGAUUGACAAGGCGAUUGCAAAAAAUCAAGAGUUUGUUGAUGAUGUUGCUGAUUUCACAAUUGAAGAGUAUGGCGUAUCGUUGAAGGAUUUCGAAUUGAUUGAGAAUGAUAAAGCAAGCGUUGCUAGCGGCAACAACUUUAGAGUCAUUGAAGCAUUGGGUCACUUUACUCGUGAUUGGACUCCUGGUGGACUGCUUAGCCUUGAAUUGAGACCACUUUUCGAAUAUAUUGCUUCUCAUUUGGAAGUAGCUAUUGACUUUAGACAAAGGGGGGAAACUGCAUUGGUGUUUCCUGGUAGUGGCUUGGGCAGAUUAGCUUAUGAGUUUAGUAAAUGGGACUAUGGAGCAGUAUUCUCCAUUGAAAAUUCAGGAUUAAUGAACCUGUUUGUUGGAUACAACUAUAGCAAACAACUGAAAAAGCUGCACACCAUCUAUCCUUAUAUUCAUACAAACUCAGACUAUUACAAUGCUGAGUCACAAUUCAGAACUUUUGAAUAUGAGUCAAUUGGAGAAUCCAACAAGCCAAAUAAUUUACACAUUGUUAAUGAAGAUUUUACCAAAUUUGAAAUUCCAAAUAGGGACAAGUACAAGAAUAUCGUUGUCGUUUCUGUAUUCUUUUUGGAUACUGCUGAGAAUUUGUUUUCCUACAUGGAGACAAUUGAAAAACUAGCAAAACCUCUGGGUAAUGUAGAAAGAGGAUACUGGAUCAAUGCUGGUCCAUUGAAGUAUGGUUCAGCGGCACAAGUUGAAUUCAAUGCUGAUGAGUUGAAGGCUGCUCGUAAAGCAUUGGGAUGGGUUGAUGAACAAGAUGUUUACACCAUAUGGGAUCCAUUGUCGGUUGGUAACCAAACAGGGUUGGUGGGCUAUUUAACCGAUAAGGAAAGUAUGUGGCAAGGAUAUUACGGAUUAAACCUCUUCACGUCUUCUAGAAAAGAAAAUAAACUGUACAAGUUGUAG